UUAUUUUUGAUUAUUUAUUUUUUAUUAAGUCCAUUGAAGCCUUUUUUAUAUAUUUUAGCCGUUAAGUUAAUAGUUUAAAAUGCAUAGAAUUUAUAAAACAACCGGCACAUUUCAGGCGGCUUCUAAUAACUAUAAGAAUAAAUGUUUUGCGACGAAAGCUAAGCGUGAACAAGAUGCAAAUUAUCAAUUUCUACAACAAAGUAGCGUUCCUACCAUGCAUUUCCAGAAAUCAUUGCCACGAUUGCCUAUACCAGAGUUAUCUAAAACAGGAGAGAGAUAUUUGAAUGCAUUGAGACCUUUACUAACAUCAGAACAAUACUCGAAUGCAGAAAAACGAACAAAUGAAUUUUUAAUGGGCCAAGGGAAAGAUUUACAAAUGAAAUUAAUUGCUAAAGAUAAGGCUCAUAAACAUACAAGCUAUAUAUCAGACUAUUGGUUUGAUCUUUAUUUACGGGACCGUGCACCUUUACCCAUAAAUUACAAUCCGUUAAUAGUGUUUCAAAAUGACACUAGACCGGAAUAUAAUAACCAAUUGGUUCGUGCGACCAACAUUUUAGUCUCGGCUUCAAGGUUCAUGUUAUCGUUGAGAGAGAGUAAGUUGGAACCUGAAGUAUUUCACUUACAGCCAAAGAAAAGUGAUACACAACUAUUUAGAACCGUAACAGGACUUUUACCAGAGAGUUUGUCAUGGUAUGGAGCCUUUUUAUUUAAAGCAUAUCCACUAGACAUGAGUCAAUUUACUGGUUUGUUCAAUGCCACUCGUAUCCCACAAAUGAAUAAGGAUAAAAUAUUCAGAGACCAAAGUAGCAAACAUGUUGUUAUCCAAAGAAACGGCCACUUUUAUAUAUUUGAUGUACUUGAUUCUGAUGGAAAUUUGCUGUCACCCCAAGAAAUACUGGGAAACAUGAGUCAGAUAAUUAAUGAUGCUACGGCAAAAGCUGAUCAUCCGUUAGGUAUCCUGACGUGUCAGAAUAGAAAUGAAUGGGCCAAACAAAGAUUGCAUUUAGAAGAAACUGGUAAUGCUGAGGCGUUAAGGAAAAUUGAUUCAGCUAUUUUCAAUCUAGUUUUAGAUGAUGAAUCCAUUAAUGAUGACAAGCAUAAAAUUCUGAAAAUAUUUCUUCAUGGUGAUGGUGACAAUAGGUGGUUUGACAAAUCCUUUAGUUUAAUUGUUACCAAGGAUGGUGUAUCUGGAAUUAACUUUGAACACUCAUGGGGUGAUGGUGUGGCCGUAUUACGGUUCUUCCAAGAUGUAUACAAAGAGACAACAAGAAAGCCAUUUAUACAACCGGACACUAAGCCCUCUACUAACCAAAUAACAGUCAAAAAAUUAGAAUUUAACUUGGAUGGAAAAUCGAAAGAAUUCGUAAAAAAUGCACAAAAGGAAUAUAGUGACUGGUGUCAGUCAUUAAGCAUUGAUUAUAUAUUAUAUGAAGGUCUGAAUAAGGAAGCUUGCAAGAAGUUUAAAGUCAGUCCUGAUUGUAUUAUGCAGUUGGGAUUUCAGGCUGCAUAUCACCUACUGCAUGGCAAAUAUGUGGGUACAUAUGAAUCUUGCAGCACAUCAGCUUUUAAGCAUGGUCGAACCGAAACCAUGCGGCCAUGCACUGAUAAAACUAAGGCUUUCUGUGACAACCUCCACUCAAACAAAUCUUCAAAGCAAGACCUGCGCACAUUAAUGGCGGAAUGCUCCUCAUACCACACGCAAUUAGUGAAAGAAGCAGCUAUGGGACAAGGUUUUGAUCGUCAUUUAUUCGCAAUGAUGAAAAUAGCGGAAGACAAUAAUAUGUCUCGACCAGAACUAUAUGACUCUUAUGAAUAUAAGUAUUUGAAUAAGUCCAUUCUCAGUACGAGUACUCUGUCAUCGCCGAAUGUACUGGCCGGUGGAUUUGGACCGGUUGCUAAGGAAGGCUUUGGUAUUGGGUAUUCAGCAUUUGCUGAUAAAUUAGGCGCUGCAAUAGCCAGUUAUAAGUCACACAAUGACAGCACUCAAUUUGUUGAAGCAUUGCAAAAGUCAUUUGAGGACAUUACAGAAGUUUUAUCAUUGUAAAUAAGUACAUACUGUUUUUAUGUUUAUUUUUUAUUUUUAUAGAAAAACAUUUAUCUGUUUGUUAGGUGUGGUUUUGGAUGGGUUAUAUUAGGUAAUAAUUAUACAGAAUCAAAGAGCUUAACAUGAUAAAAUAUUAUAUUAUUUACUCAUAA